AUGUCCACGAGAUUCGCUUCCAACGACCGACCAUUAGCCGGUCGAUUCCCUCAUCGUCGCAUCCCAUCCAAGCGAAUGGAGCCUGUUGAUACUCCGGUCCCCAAACUACCUCGGAACUUCUACGACCCUACUUGGCUCGAGACACUUGAUGACAUCGAGCGCGACAUCCUCCAGAUUCAACCAGCGAUUGACCUGAGGUUUUCUCCUCAAAUUUCGUUCUACACAACGGUCACUAAUAUCCACUUAAAUGGAGGCCCAUCGGACAUAAUCACAUCUAAGGGAAGCCUUACGCUUCCCGAGGUUGCGAUGCGUGACCGUGGACGCCGCUACGUGCCUCCUCAUGAUCAGAGUCGCAGCUGCAAGGUUCGCCCAAACGUUAUUAUCAAGAACCACAUCGAAGGUUCCGACCCUCUCAAGCGCUACUUCGACGGGACAAAGAUCUCGAUAACGGAGACUGGCUACACAGGCUGA